GGAUUCAUCAUUGAACAUCGUAGCUGUUUGCUUACACGCGAGAAAGAUGAGUCUUAAAGUAGCAGUUUAUUGCUGCUUAGCAGCAGUUGCAGUCCUAAGUUCCGUUUCGCCGACGGAGGCAACAUCUGAUCCAGAGGCGCUGUACGGAUAUAGCUAUCAAGAAUCGAAUGAGAGGAAGUAUGGCUAUGACAGUAACAGUGACAGUGACAGCGAUAGUGAGAGCGACAGUGACGAAUCGAUUGAUGCAAAAUUGACGGUGGAAGUUUCGAUUACAGUGGAAGUAGGAAGUCACAGAUGGGGUGAUGGUGGGACAGUGCAAGAUGGAGUGGAAAAUGAUGAUGUGGAUGGAGGAUACAAUGGAACGAGGCAUGAAGGAAGCGCACAAACAUUUUUUGUCGAUAGUCCCUUUGAACUACCGUUUUAGCCGAAAAAAUACCCGAGUUGCUGAAGCGAACAACUGCCGUUGUAUUGAAUGGAAUAACUAGAUUUUUGUAACUGAACGAACUAAUUCCGUAGAAUGUACGACCACUAAAUAUCGGAAAAUAAAAUGUUUUUAAAGUAGA